AUGGCCUCCCCAGGACCGACAAACUCUCCGGAGGGACGCCCGGCCGUACCGGUAGCGAACUCAUCUCAGACCUCCAGCGACGACGACCGCGAGGCCAAGUACAACUCAGGACUGAUGCCGGCUGCAUACGCGGGGCUCGAGGUGGCCAACGGCGGUGAUGGGCAUGGACAAUACCAGACGGCAGCACCGGGCGGACCGGGGUACUAUGUGCCAUACCAAGACAACCUGAAGACCCCGUCGACAUACGAACAACAACAGCAGUUUCAUCCACAACAGCAAGCAUACCCGCAGUCGGCGAUGGCGCCGUCAACGUACGCUGGAGAUUAUAUGAACGGUCCUCCGCCGAGCAAAGGAGAGAAGAGGAUAUGUGGUAUUCGGGCUGCAACAUUCUGGGUCGCGUUGCUCGCAUUGAUCUUCUUCCUCGGUACCAUCGGUGCGUCCGCUGCUGCGGGCACGAUUGCCCAGGCGUAUUCUGGAUACGUCCAGACGUGCGAAGCUAAGCUGGAGAAUGCGGCAGCAUCGGAAGCCUCUUCUACGGCCUCAGUAUCUGGCGCGGCAGCAUCAUCGGCAUCAGCAUCCGCAUCCGCAUCCGCCUCGGCAACCGCCACAUCCACGUCUUCGUCUGCAUCCUCCACAGCAACCGGCUUUGCCUCGAUCCCCCUGCCUGAGCAGGCAUCCUCCAUCUUCGGCGAGGCGACGACAAACUGCCCGAACCUGUCUUCCGAGAACAAGACUUACACCGUUCCGGGCAGCAGCAUCAAGUUCGUCCGGGAGUGCGGAAAGAACUACCCGUUCCACGACCUCGGCAAGAUCCCGUUGACUAGGAUGGAAGACUGCAUGAACCUGUGCGCCGCGAUGAGCGUCACGACGCAGAGCACCGACGGGCCAUGCAUUGGCGUCGCGUGGGUCACCGCGGGGAAGCAGGGAACGGACGAGAACUACUGCUGGCUUAAGGGUGUCAAGGGAACGCCAGAUCCGAAGGCCAACGUCGAGGCGGCGUGGAUAUCGUUCUCAUAA